AUGACCACAGUGGAAUCCAUUACAGCCGAAGCCCGUCAAUUGCAUCGCAAGGGCGAUUACGGUGCGGCCAUGAAGUGUCACUUUGAAGCGCUGGAAAUGUUGGAAAACGAGAACGGCCGAGUUCACAUUGACACGGCGGACCGAUAUCGUCGCAUGGGCGCCGUCAUGGACGAUGCGAAUGAUUUUGACAAGGCACGAGAGUACUUUGAAACGGCCAUUUCCAUCCUCAGUGAUAUUGACACCAACGAAGCUCGAUUGACGCAAGGAGAAAUCUGUGAAGCCGUGGGUAAUCUCCUGUACAAGCAAGAAGACUACCAUGCCGCUAUUGAAAAGUUUACCGAGGCUUUGGGAGUCUUGAAAAGUUGCGAUGGAGCCGAUGGGGCCAAAAUGGAUGAAAUUGAGUAUCUGAUAGAAGUAGCACACAUGAUGGCGGAUUGA